AUGAGGAAAGAGAAGUUUAUGACUUUACUGAAUUUUUAUAGACCUCCACAUUUUUUUGAAUCCUCGUUCGACUUAGCCAAUUUAUCAUUAGAGCGAUAUUCAAUCUCAAUAUUAACUUUUCCCUCUCUUUUCUUUUCAUUUUCAUCUUCUUUUUUUCAAUUCCCGCAGGUUUUUUCCCACCAACUGUUGUUACUCGAGCUUUUGCCUUCUCCCAACUUUUCUCACUAUUUUUCGUUUUUUUCUCUCUGUUUGUUUGUUUGUCCCCGGGUUUUUCUCCUAUUAAACUUUUAGAUUCAACUUAACCUCAACGGUUAGUUCAUAGAUUUUUCUGUGCAAAAAAAAAACAAUUUAUCAACUUUCAAACUGAAUAUUUGGUUUUUUCAGAUGGAUCGGAAUUAUUCAUUAGAUGUCAAUGAUUUGAACGCUGUUUUUAUUAUUUUGACAUUAGGUGUAUUUAUUUUGGCGUUGAUUGCAAUGGUUUUUCUAAUUUGCCGGGUUAAUUUAUGUAAAAAAUCGUCUUCAAGAAGAAAUCCAAGAAGGACAAGUCAGAUUCCGCAUGUUUUGAUAACACAACACAGCAGUGAUAAGUUAGUUUUUUGUUUUACGAGUUUCUGAGAUUCAAAAAAAAUUAAGAUUCUCAAUCAAAAAUUUCAGAUCUCCAAUUUCUCUUGAUGGCAAUGACAUUGAUUUUAUUGAUUCAAAAACAACUAACUUGGUCUCUUCUACUCGUCAAAUUGAUUCGGUUCAUCAGAAAAACUUGAACAUGUGA